AUGGAGAGCGCUGGCCGCCCUCCCGAGCCCACGCACGCCCCACGAUCUGCCCCGCUGGACAGGCCUCGCGGCGCCUCCCGCUCCCCCUGCCCCGCACCCCCGGCAAAGAACAUUGAGGAAGACCCAGAGCCUUCAUCGGAAACAAGACCCCCGAAAGGAGGAGAUGCUACCUGCAAGGUUAAUCAGAGAACACUGAGGAAGACCCAGAGCCUUCAUCGGAAACAAGACCCCCGAAAGGAGGAGAGACCCCCGACCACUGGGGUGAGUACCGCUCUGCUUGCCGGGCUGGCGCUCGGCCCUGCCGGGGCUGGGGGCGAGCAGCGCCGGGGCGCUCGGCGCGGCCGCUGCCGCGUUGUGCUUUUUUGCGGAGAAAGGCCCGCGAGUCACCCGAAGCAGCGUUGUAGGGUAUCCAAACCACUGGGAGUAGCCACCGAAGAUGAGCUGGUUGGAGAGUUUCUGCAAGCUCAGAAUGCCCCUUUGCUGUCCCGUGCACCCCAGACCUUUAAGAUGGAUGACCUUUUGGCUGAGAUGCAAGAGAUUGAACAGUCAAGCUUCCGACAGGCCCCUCAGCGAGCUCCAGGUGUGGCAGCCCUGGCACUGUCUGAAAACUGGACCCAGGAAUUCUUGGCUGCAGCAGAUAAUGCUGGUGAUGUCUCUUCAGAUUACAAUGAGGCUGACUGGUCACAGGAGUUCAUUGCUGAAGUGACAGAUCCACUGUCUGUGUCUCCUGCCAAGUGGGCAGAAGAAUACCUAGAGCAAUCAGAGGAGAAACUGUGGCUUGGGGAAUCAGAAGAUCAGUCUUUGGCAGAUAAAUGGUAUGAGGAAUACCAACCUGAAGAUGAUCUUAAGAAAACUGUUACUGAUUUCCUUUCCAAGGUGGAUGAUCCAAAACUAAAGAAUACUGAGUUCCUAAAGUUUGUCCGCCAGAUCGGAGAUGGGAGGGUAUCGAUCGAAGCUAAUCAGGUGACCCACAGAGACCAAGAUCAGGCAGAGCAAUGGGCAGCUGAGUUUAUACAGCAGCAGGGGGCAUCCGAUGCCUGGGUGGAUCAAUUUGCGCGAUCUGGGAACAUGUCAACUCUUGAUACGGAAUUUGAGCAGGCAAAGGCUGCUGUGGAGUCAGAUGUGGAGUUCUGGGACAAACUCCAGGCAGAAUGUGAGGAGAUGGCCAAGAGAGAUGCAGAGGCUCACCCUUGGCUCUCUGAAUAUGAAGACCUCAACUCCUCAUCAUACGACAAGGGUUACCAGUUUGAGGAAGACAAUCCCAUGAGGGAUCACCCGGAUGCAUUUGAAGAGGGGCGGAAGCGCUUAGAGGAAGGUGACCUCCCCAAUGCUGUCCUGCUCUUUGAGGCUGCAGUGCAACAGAGACCAGAUCAUAUGGAGGCCUGGCAAUAUCUGGGAACCACCCAAGCAGAGAAUGAACAGGAACUUUUGGCCAUCAGUGCCCUCAGACGGUGCCUGGAGCUGCAGCCUGGGAACCUGACAGCACUUAUGGCUUUAGCAGUGAGCUUCACCAAUGAGUCCCUGCAGAAGCAGGCGUGUGAGACGCUGCGGGACUGGCUGCGCCACAAACCGGACUAUGCCCACCUGCUGAACAAGGAGCCAGAGGAGAGUGUCUCGGCGACCAGCCUGGGGCCUUCCAAGCGUGUCCUGAGUUCCCUGCUCUCGGACUCGCUGUUCAUGGAGGUGAAAGAGCUGUUCUUAGCAGCUGUGCGCAGCAACCCCUCAACUGUGGACCCUGAUGUCCAGUGUGGCCUGGGUGUCCUUUUCAACCUCAGUGGCGAGUACGAGAAGGCCGUGGAUUGCUUCAGUGCCGCUCUCAGUGUGCGCCCCAAUGACCACCUUCUGUGGAACAAGCUGGGUGCCACACUGGCCAACGGGAACCGGAGUGAGGAAGCUGUGGCUGCGUAUCGCCGGGCACUGGAGCUGCAGCCGGGAUAUAUCCGCUCUCGCUACAACCUGGGCAUCAGCUGCAUCAACUUGGGCGCCCACCGUGAGGCUGUGGAGCACUUCCUGGAGGCUUUGCACAUGCAGCAGAAGAGCCGAGGUCCGCGGGGGCAGCAAGGAGCUAUGUCUGACAACAUCUGGAGCACCCUGCGCAUGGCCCUCUCCAUGCUGGGGCAGAGUGACCUCUAUGGGGCAGCUGAUGCCCGUGACCUGCCCACACUGCUGCGGGCAUUUGGCCUCCAGCAGUGACUCUGGGAUAGGCUCCCCUGCGAGUGCAGUGGUUGCCUAGCCCAGCAAUGAAUGACCUUUCUUAGGGAGAAAAUUCACAAGGGUUCACACACAUCUUUGCCCUGGUAGGGCAGAUCAUUGGCAACUGUUUAUUUUUAAGUACCCCCUGGUGAAGCCUGCAACUUCCCCAACCCUGUGGCCUGAGCAUUUCUGAACGGUUCACAUUAUCACUUCCAUGACGACUGACACUGCUAAUUCACAGAUGAUCAAAGUGGGGAAGACAGCAGCAUCCUGCCCUCUUGCCAGACUGCAUUUGCCCAGCUUGACUGUGAGACCUUGCCUAUGAGAGCCAUUCUGCAGACUGCCUGCAAGGGUGUGUCUCGAGUUCAGGCUGCUGUGGAGGGGUGGGAUUGCUGUUUCACCCAAAAGGGUGAAAAAUGGUGGGGUUUGAGCAUGCUUCCCCAUGUAUGUACUUGCAUGUGUGUAUAUGUGGGUUGCUAGGGAAAACUGGGGCACUAGUCCCCUUUUCUGGCCACUGGUAACUUCAUGGUACGGCUAGAUGCUUCUUUCUCAGUGUGUCUUCAUGAACCUUUUAAGACAAGAGUAUUGUACUGAUGCUGGGGGCAUGGGUGGAGGCCCUUACCCUGUCAGGGUAAAGGGAGAUCCCAGAGUUCAUGCUUGAGAGAAAGUGAUAGGAAUAAAAAUCUAAAAUGUAACCUCUCCCAAAAUACGGUGGGGAAAGGGGUGAAGUCUUAAUUUUCUCUUGCUCAUCUGUCAUUGUUUUCCUUUGUGCAGAAGUUCCCAUCUUGUGUGUAACUGAAUCUUGUUAAUUAUAAAUAUCUGUAUAUGAUUUUAUUGGGGAAAAUGUUUUUUAAUUGUAAAGUAUUUUGUAUAAUAAAGGUAU